AUGGGCAAAAUCGAGAGAAAGAGUCUCAAGGGCUCCAAGAGCACUGACAAGCCUAAGGGCAACAAAACAGAAAAACCACCUCGGCAGGGCAGCACCGAAGCUGUCGACCCGCGGAACUUUACCAGCUUCCGCGAGGACCAGAAGGAUUGGUCUUGGGACAAUCUCCCAGCCAUCCUCUAUCAGUUCAAGCCCACAAAGGAGGAUGAGAAGAAAGAGCGGGAGCCGCCCAAGACGAAACUCCUGGGCGGCAAAUGGGUCAGAGAUAUUGAGAUCCUUCCGGAUCACAUCUCCUCUGACGUCGAGGAGUUCAGAGUCGAGGCAUGGAUGCGCCUCGACAGGCGCAUCCACUUACAAGACAUUAUUGACCGCAUGCAUAAGGAUUUCGCAAUCGAACGCAACGCCCUCCAGCAGCGAAACGUCAGGUUUCGCAAAGUCUUCCAUGUGAUUGCGUGGAGUUCAGGCAACAAGAUCAGUUGUCAGCUUGAGCAGAACGUCCUGAAAAGGAUGAGCGAGCAGGGCAUUGACCCUACACUCAAUUCUACCCGUGGACUGACUCCUGGUCUCAUAAAUCCUGAGCUUGGUGAAGCGGGUGGUCGCAUCGCCCUUCCGGGCAACUAUGGACCUGAGAGACGUGGAUAUCGUGGACCACGCGCCCCAAAGAAGAAAAGGGAUGUGGCAAAGACCGAAGAGGACGCGGAUACGGAUGCGCUCGACCCUGCCACUCCCAUCAGAGAAUACCUACCUUUGACUCCACCCCGUCCAUGCCAGGUCCCUCGUUCUCCUUCUCCUAUCCCAAGCUCUCCUGUUCCGCUUUCGCCUGCCUUCAGUUCUCCUCCUCUUUCUCCUGUCCUUUCUCCAGUCUCUUCUCCUGACCCGAACAACAUCGACUCUCCUCUGGACGAAACCCUUUACGAUGGAGACCUGUGCCCUUGCAACUUCGACUUUUUGUUCAAGGGAGAAUCGCGUCAAGGACUCGAUUGGCUGCGUCCUUGCGAAGAGGAGCUUUCAGGCCUGCGCAAGGAUGUGCCCAAAGACUUGAAGGCGCGCCACCGGCCUCAAAUGAAGCGCCAGCACAAGGCCUUCAAGAACGCACUACCUUUUUGCAAUACCGAUUCCCUGUACGCCAAAUUUGCCAGCAAGUUCGACCUCGACGACAUGAUUAACGUUGUUCCAAUUUCUCGCACAACUGCGCCGCCAUUGCCGAAUCCACUAUUUCCAUCCCUCGUCUGCGAGCCCAUGACGUUGCGUCCAGUUUGCCGCCCACGUCCUACCAACGAGGGCGUAUUGAAAUGGAUAUACGACGUCGCGCUCAAUGAGUAUUACGCCGGGCAGAAAUUCCUUUUCGAAAUGCCUUAUGUGGAGGGCGUCAUGUGAGGGCAGCUCUACCUUUCAAUAUCUGCACUUCUUGUGUUUACUUUCCCUUUUUAGUGGGCGUCUGGUGUGGCGUUGCCAAUUCGACUUCUGUCCUGUUCCUUUGUUGCCUGGUGGCAUUUCGUUUCUACAGAUACCCCUUCACGCAAAGUCCUCGAUUUCCUGGGAACGUUGCUGGAGCGGAGUUGGCCUUGGUGUGGUCUUCGGGUUGCCAUGUCUAAUGUUGUCGUUUGAGCUUUGUGUAUUUCUUCGCUUUCUGUUUUUCAACAGCUGCUAUGCUGUCCAAUGGGCUUC